AUGCAUUCCAGAGAAAGUACAAAUAACGUGACAGAGUUAAUUAUUGUAGGUCUCUUCCAGGAUCCAGAGGUGCAGAGGGUGUGCUUUGUGGUGUUUCUUCCUGUGUACCUGGCCACAGUGGUGGGCAAUGGUCUCAUCAUUCUGACAGUCAACCUCAGUAAGAGUCUGAAUUCCCCCAUGUACUUCUUCCUGAGCUACCUGUCCCUGGUAGAGAUCGGUUACUCCUCUACUGUUGUCCCUAAAUUCACAACUGACUUGCUAGCUCGAAUAAAAACCAUCUCUCUGGAGGGCUGUCUGACUCAGAUCUUCUUCUUCCACUUCUUUGGAGUGACUGAGAUCUUCCUGCUCACAGUAAUGGCUUAUGAUCGCUAUGUGGCUAUCUGUAAACCCCUUCACUAUACCACCACCAUAAGCCGAUCUGUUUGUCGCCUUUUGGUGGCUGGUUCUUGGCUGGGGGGACUAAUUCACUCCAUGGUUCAGAUGUCUGUCACUGUCCAGUUGCCCUUCUGUGGUCCCAAUGUACUUGACCACUACUUCUGUGACCUUAAUCCUUUAUUCAAGCUUGCCUGCACUGACACUUCUGUGGAGGGUAUUAUUGUGUUGGCCAACAGUGGGUUAAUCUCUGUCUUCUCCUUCCUCGUCUUGGUGUCCUCCUACAUUGUCAUCUUGGUCAACCUGAGGAACCAUUCUGCAGAGGGGAGGCGCAAAGCCCUCUCCACCUGCGCCUCUCACAUCACGGUGGUGCUCUUGUUCUUUGGACCUGCCAUCUUCCUCUACCUGCGGCCCUCCUCCACCUUCACUGAGGACAAACUGGUGGCUGUGUUCUAUACAGUCAUCACCCCAAUGCUGAACCCCAUCAUCUACACACUCAGAAAUGCUGAGGUGAAAAUUGCCAUGAGGAAGUUGUGGGGUAAGAAAAUACCUUCAGGGGUGCAAUGACAAUGAGAAUUGGGAAAUUAACAAGAACUCAUUGACUAAAUAUGAUUCUGAUUUUGAUCAGCUAUGAUGAAUUAAACAAAUGUUAACCUACUCA